AUGGGCAGUUGUCACACAGUGGGGCCCAACGAGGCGCUGGUGGUUUCAGGGGGCCGUUGUGGUUCUGACUAUAAACAAUACGUGUUUGGCGGCUGGGCCUGGGCCUGGUGGAGUAUCUCUGACACUCAGAGACUAACUCUGGAAGUUAUGACCAUCCUGUGUCGCUGUGAGAAUAUUGAGACGUUGGAGGGGGUCCCGCUAUUCGUAACAGGGGUUGCACAGGUAAAGAUCAUGAUGGAGAAGGAGCUCCUGGCAGUGGCCUGCGAGCAGUUUCUGGGCAAGAAUGUGCAGGACAUCAAGAACAUCAUCCUGCAGACCCUGGAGGGACACCUGCACUCCAUCCUCGGGACUCUGACUGUGGAGCAGAUUUAUCAGGACCGAGACCAGUUUGCCAAGCUAGUGCGGGAGGUGGCGGUCCCUGACAUCGGCCGUGUGGGCAUCGAGAUCCUCAGCUUCACCAUCAAGGACGUGUAUGACAAAGUGAACUAUCUGAGCUCCUUGGGCAAGACGCAGACUGCCGUGGUACGGAGAGAUGCAGACACUGGGGUGGCCGAGGCCAAGGGGGAUGCAGGCAUCCGGGAAGCAGAGUCCAAGAAGGAGAUGCUGGAUGUGAAGUUCAUGGCAGACACCAAGAUUGCCGACUCCAAGCGAGCCUUUGAGCUGCAAAAGUCAGCUUUUAAUGAGGAGGUCAACAUCAAGACCGCCGAGGCUCAGCUGGCCUAUGAGCUGCAGGGGGCCUGGGAGCAGCAGAAGGUCCGGCAGGAAGAGACUGAGAUCGAGGUUGUACAGCGCAAGAAGCAGGUCGCCGUGGAGGCGCAGGAGAUCCUUCGCACGGACAAGAAGCUCAUUGCCACAGUGCGCGCCCCUGCCGAGGCUGAGGCACACCGCCUACAGCAGAUCACGGAGAGUGAAAAGGUGAAACAGGUCCUCUUAGCACAGGCAGAGGCUGAGAAGAUCCGCAGACACGGGGAGGUGGAGGCAGCGGUCAUCCAGGCGAUGGGCAUGGCAGACGCUGAGCGAAUGAAGCUCAAGGCCGAGGCCUACCAGAAGUACAGGGAUGCAGCCAAGAUGGUGCUGGGGCUGGAGGCUCUGCCCCAGAUUGCUGCCACAAUCGCCGCCCCCCCACCCCCGACCAAAGUCGAUGAGACUGUGCUCCUCAGCAAGGACAACAGCAAAGUGACAUCAGAAGUCAACCGACUGCUGGCUGAGCUGCCUGCCUCUGUGAAGGCCCUCACAGGCAUGGACCUGGCCAAGAUACCCCCAAUGGAGAAGGUCACCGGUGUGCAGGCAUGA